AUGAAACGAAAAGUGAGAGAUGAGCCAGGUUACAAACCAAUUGCUAUUUUGAAUGAGGUCCAAAGAAAGUACGGUGUGGAGCUUAAGUACUAUACGGCGUGGAGAUGUAAGGAAAAAACAAUGUAUGACAUUCAUGGGGAUGAGUCGAACUGUUAUGAUAAACUGAGACGUUAUUGUCGUGCAUUAAAACUGAAUAACCCUGGUAGUUGUGCCGAUUAUGAGAUUGACCCUCAAGCUCAAAAGUUUCUUCGGAUCUUUAUUAGUUUUGGAAAUUCUAUUUUGAAUUUCCACCGUGGGUGUAGGCAAAUGAUAUGUUUGGAUGGGACUCAUAUUAAAAAUAAGUACAAAGGUUGCUUACUUUCUGCUGUGUCCAAAGAUCCAAAUGACGAGCUGUACACAUUGGCCUAUGCAAUUGUUGAUGCCGAGAAUGAUAGAAAUUGGGAGUGGUUUUGUAAUAAGCUGAAAGAGAUUCUUGUUUAUCAAAAUGGGGGUUUAUUGAAAAAUUACACAAUUUUCUCUGAUCGUCAUUCGGGGCUUAUUAAAGCCAUUCCACUGGCUGCAAUUGCUCCUACUCGGCAAGAGUUUGAGGAACAUAUUUCUCUUAUAGUUCAAUCAAUGCCUCGUGCAGAAUCAUUUAUCCGAGACUUGGAUCCCAAUCGUUGGGCCAAUGCUUACUUUUCUGGAGAUAGAUGGGGAAUAAUGAACAGUAACCAAGUUGACUGCUGGAAUGGUUGGGUUAAAGAUGAACGAUCUUUGCCAGUUCCAUCCAUGAUUGAUGCGAUACGAAUCAAAAUAAUGAAGAUGAUAGGUAAUCGAUAG